AUGGGUCGUGACAACAACCUUCAGGAUCAGGUGAAAUAUGAGCAUCAAAAACCUAGAGGUACACUUCAGAGUAUGCCCAUUCCUGAGUGGAAGUGGGAAAGAAUAGCAAUGGAUUUCGUGGGUCUUCCGACAACGUUGGGAAUGUUUGAUUCUAUCUGGGUUAUUAUUGACAGGUUAGACCUUAGUACAGCUUUUCACCCUCAGAAUGAUAGGCAGUCCGAGGGGACUAUUCAGGUUCUUCAGCAUAUGAUUCGGGCUUGUGUGAUAGACUUUGGUGGUAACUGGGAUCUGCUCUUACCAUUGGCAGAGUUCGCAUAUAAUAAUAGCUACAAAUCGAGCAUCGACAUGGCCUCAUUUGAGGCGUUAUAUGGGAGGAGAUGUAGGUCUCCUAUUGGCUGGUUCUAUGUGUUUGAGGUAAGACCUUGGAGUACGGACCUUCUGAGAGAGACCUUGGAGAAGGUGAAGGUGAUUCAAGUUAAGCUUCUGGCAGCACAGAAUAGGCAAAAGGAGUAUGCGGGCCGUAAAGUCCGAGAUCUUAAGUUUGGAGAGGGAGAAGAGGUAGCUUAUGAGUUGUCUUUACCUCCGGAUUUAUCAGGCGUUCAUCUGGUAUUUCACGUUUCGAUGUUGAAAAGGUAUCACGAUAGAGAUGUUCGUAAGUUGUGGUCAAAGGAAAUAGCCUCCGUGAAGGUUCAAUGGAAGAAUCACCCAUUUGAGGAAGCAACUUGGGAAACAGAAUCAGAUAUGCGUAGCAAGUAUCCUCAGCUUUUCGCUGAGACAGGUACUUUUCCCUAG